AUGAUAAAUGAUAAAAAUACGAUAUAUUGCGUAGUCGAUAUCAGAAAGUACAAAAAAGAUAUAAAUGAGUAUACGCGGUUAAAACCCAGAGCCAAAGAUGGUUGUAACGAAGUCAAUAAUCGUGAAAUAAGGUUGAUUGUAAUCGAAAGCCUGAAAUUUCGAGAUAACGUCGAUAACUUUGACUCAAUAGAGCCAAUGAAAUUAAGAAUCCUACAGUUUGAAGUGCCUUAA